CAGAAUCACACUGACGACGAGGACUCUGUUUUAUCAAGAAAUCGACACUUUCUGUCUUGUGUAGCAUAAUGUUGAACUAGUUCCAUUUGAAAUACGCAGGCUGUAUCGCUGUUAGAAGUUCCAUCCCUGCAUUUAUUUGCAUAUGGCAGACGUACAGGACAAGGCGACCAAUCAGAGCCAAUGGAUGCUUCUGGUUUCACACAUUGGAAACAAACGCACUGCUAGCUUCCAGCGUAGCGUACGAGGCGUGUUAUGUAUCAGGUGGAGUCUAUGACUGGGAAUUUAAUAUACCCCCCUUUAUUUUAGGAAGCUGUGCUUACACAGUUUGAAACAUUUUUUAACCUUUCCAUAGUUUAGGUGAAAAUAGAACAUUCACAAUGGUAUGCGGCGGGUUCACCUGUUCCAAGAACUCCCUCUGCGCCCUCAAUAUUCUCUAUGUCAUGGUGAGCCUGCUCAUGAUUGGCAUUGCCGCCUGGGGGAAGUGGUUCGGCCUGGUGUCCAGUUUCCAGGUGGUUGGCGGAGUCAUAGGAGUGGGUGUGUUCCUCUUCUUUGUGGCCCUGGUGGGACUCAUUGGAGCCAUGAGGCAUCACCAAGUGUUGCUUUUCUUUUACAUGAUUAUCCUCUUCAUGGUGUUUGUGGUGCAGUUCUCUGUGUCCUGUGCUUGCCUGGCCAUCAAUAAAGACCAGCAGAGCCACCUCCUGGAAGUGGGGUGGAAUAACUCCCAGAUCACACAGAAAGAUGUAGAGAAGACUCUGAACUGCUGCGGCUUUUCCUCUGUCGACUACAACGAGACUUGUGAUGCCCCCUGCUUCCCCAACCACUCGUGCGCCACAUGCGCAGCUAAGAUCCAGGAGCAUGCUGGGGAGGUGCUGCGCUUCGUAGGUGGGAUUGGCCUCUUCUUCAGCUUCACAGAGAUAUUGGGUGUGUGGCUAACAUACAGGUAUCGGAAUCAGAAGGACCCUCGUGCAAAUCCCAGUGCUUUUCUCUAAAAUCCGUAUUUGCUUUAAAAAAAAAAAUAACUGCACUAUAUUUAGAACUACUGAAAAUGUCUUUAGCAAAACAAUCACCUAAUUUACCAAGCAACUGGGUGGGUGGAUUGUAGCAUUUGGUCAUCAGUAGUGUGUCUGCUCUUAAACUGAGGAAACUGCUGCCAAGCUCUGUGUUCAGAUGUUUAAUAGAGGCCUCCAUCAUGUUCUGAAUUUCAGAGGUAGGUUCUAAAAAGGCUGUGUGCAUUUCUGAGGAGACUGUCGCAUCUCAAAAUUCAAAAUUUCUUGAGGUUUGUGUUUUGCACAAUGAAAUGUAUUUCAAUGAGACACUGCUGUAUCACAAAAUGGCACUGCUAUGAUUUAGACCAUAGUAUAUGCAUGCUGGACUGAUGGAUGUCCAUGAAGGAAAAUACAGUUAGCUGAAGUAUAAUGUUAUUUAUAAAAUAAACAAUGAUGUUCAAUCAAAUUAAACAAAUUGCUGUUUAAACAUCCACUCAAUUUUUUCCAGUGUUAAAUACCCUUUUCCAUGUUUCCAUGCAUUUCAAAGUUUUUCAUUAUUGUUGCAUUUUUACGUAGGUAAUAUUAAGUUUUGCACAUUCUUUUGAAAGAAACUAUCCAUUCAGUCUCAUCUGUUGGUUAUUGUAAUUGCAAACAGUAACAAAGCAAUAAUAGAAUUAAAAACACAGUUUCUCCUCAAAAUAAUUAAGAAAAUUUAAGUUUUAGUUUGAGAAAAUUAUUAAUCAAAUGAUUAAUGGGUCUGCUUUAGUAAAAAGCUCUUACAUUAUGUAAUGCAGCAACCUUUGUAUUUAGCUAAUGAUUUCUGAUCUGUGCCUACAGUAUUCACGUCACAGUUUCACCUUGACUUUGUUGGAGUGUGUGCUUGAUUUCUACAUGCAUGCCUAUAUAAAAAAUCUAUGCCUGUAUCUGGCGGUUUUGUGGACUGUGUACUCAAAUGUUUGUAAAACAAAAUAAAGGGUUUGAUAUGUUGCUUAUUUAA